AUGCCCGGAUCUUCAAAGAAAAUCACACGACUAGAAAAAGAAGCUUUUCUACGAGUUAAAGAUUCGGAAUAUAAACGUGAACAAUCUGCGUAUUUAUUAACAAAUGAUUACGAUGACGAUGAAGCAUUUGAGAACGAACGUCAUCGACGUUUCACAAAAAUCCGACAAACGCAUCAAAUCGAACGAGAAAUCGACCAUCAAGUAGGUCUGAUUGACAAAAUGAAAGACCGACGAGAAGCUGAAGCACACAAAAAGCAAGUUGCAACAACUCGAAGUUUCAUUGCAACUUUACCUCCGCCAUCAAAACCAUCACCAUCGGCAUCAUCAUCGUCGUCAUUGGCACCUGCAGCAAAAACCGAACGAAUACGUCGUAGCGUGCAAAUAAAAGAAAAAUAUUCUACUGAAAAGUAG